AUCCCCAAUACUCUUCCCGUCCAAUCGAACUUCCACUCGAAGUUCUCUACAUGGUCGCAGAGUACGGAGACGAGGAUCGCGAUGUUUCCUUUAUCCUCAGCUCGCUAAACAAAUCCUGGUACACCGCUGCCAGACCACUAAUAUAUCGUAGAAUUACCGUCCGAAGGGAGGAAAGACUGGCUGAACUGGAGAAAUACAUUCAACAGAACCCCAUUGUAGCGGCUUGGAUCCGAGUCCUUCGGAUCGAUCAUCACUUUCGAGAUAAAUGGUUGUUGGAUGUACCCAGGAUACUCAAGCCUAUACUUCCCAAACUCCAAACCAUCGAAAUCGGUCGUAUUAGCCAUACUCCAGUCAUUCAUAAACCUACGUUCUUCCAUGACCUUUCGUCUUUCGACUCAGUACACAAGUUGAUCGUCGAACGUGUCAAUCUGGAAUGGGAAUUUACCAACGCCCUGGCAUGUGCCUUCCCAAAUCUCAAAGUUUUGCAUUUUCGUAAACUGAACAGAGAGCAUUACGACCUCGCCGAAAAGCAUGCCAAUAUGCAUGCCGCUCUCGACGCUGCUAUCAAUUGGCAACCCCCUCCUUCGAUCCCACUUCCCAUCCUCCAUAACCCUCGAUUUGAGGAAGUCAUUGUUGCUCCCGAGAUGAGUGACUACGGGGUUCGCGUAUGUGGUUGGUUGAAGAAAACGGAGACUCCCAAAAGUAUCCGCACUUUCAGAUAUCACAUUUUGUCGACGAAGGAUUUCGAGUCCCUUGGGAUGUUCCUCAGCGAGGUCAGGAGCAACCUGCAGCAUUUACACUUGUCUAUCAAAGAUUCCGUGACCCGUCCAAGUUAUACUUGUCGCCUCUUCAUGGACCCAUGGUACCAGCUCAACAAACUUACCGGUCUUUGCCAUCUCCGACUGAGUCAUCCUGGAUUCAUGAGAUUCUUUCUCGCGCAUCUCCCCAGCCCUCUGCCGGUUGAAUUUGUCACUUUUGACAUCAGCUUCAAGAAACUGGAACAGUUCAAGAAUGGGGAGAACCAAGCCGUGGAUGCACGUCUCGCUGGUUCGCAGUUUCCGGAGCUGAGGAGAGUUCGCUUCGAAUAUUCAGGUCCGGUGGAGUAUGAUGCCGUGUGGGCGAAGAUUCGGAAGGUGUAUAAGAAGCUUUGUGAACGAGAGGUGGUUGUUUUGGUGAAGGUAGGCGAUGAAGUUCAGUGAUCAAAUUCGGAUGUGAAUCUUUUGUAUGUUAUGCAUGAAGGGAAAUGUAAUUCGAAUACAUGUGAAUCCUCACAGAUACCUUCGAAUUCGUAGUUCGCGAAUCCACUCUCAGCCUUCGUCAAGCACCCCUUUGUCCAUCGUAUUACUACUGUGAUGUCGAUGCUACCAUGCACAACACAUGCGGUACUCAUAGGCCAGGUGGUGCUAACUGCAUCUAAG